UCGGCACUGAGCGCGGCCGCCAUCUUGGCAGAUAGAAGGAGCCUGCUGUCGCCGUCAGCCGCCGACGUAACGCCGUCCAGCUGAGCCGUUAAAGCUGAGCGCGAGCUGCUUGGCUCCGCUGCUGGUGGAACGCGGAGAAAAAUCGCGGCGGGCUCCGUUACGCGAACGCAGGAACCGGCCCGAGGAAGUAGUGCGGCGGACGAGGAGAGGCGGAGAAGGUAGAGGAGUAGGAGCAGCAGGAGGAGGACGAGAGAGUGAACGAGGAGAGGUGCCGGAGGACCGGAAAAGCAGCGACGGGCCGAGUAUAAUAUCGGGGUGAGCGGGACGUCGCGGACGCCUCGCGCGGUAAGCGCCUCUUCUACGGCUUUGUCGUGUCGUGUCGUGAUCGUGAUCGUGUCGUGGUGUUGUGCACGAGGUGAAGUUAACCCGGAGUGCUCCCGAACUCCCGUAGUCUCACUCCCGUCCGUCCGUCCGCGUCGCGUCAAGGACGGCCAACUUCACCUCGUUUCUCGCGACCGUUUCUCGAGGAAAUUCCUCGAGAAAUUCGUCGUCCCCAUUUCCUUGAAGCAAUCGUCGCGCGAUCCUUUCGUCGUUCGUUUCACUGGUGUAACCGAGGGUGAUAAGAUUAAGCCAAGGCAGAGAAUUAUCGAGGGAGGAUACGCGAUCUUUGCCGCAAACGUCAACUGCUGCUGACUUCUGCUACCACUGCUCUGUGACAGCGGGACAGUAUGGCGGGACAGACGAUCAACGACAGGCUGUUGGCCGCGAGGCACAGUAUCGCCGGCCAGGGCCUCGCCAAGUCCGUCUGUAAGGCCACUACGGAGGAGAUGAUCGGCCCCAAGAAGAAGCAUCUCGACUAUUUAAUUCAUUGCACCAAUGAACCGAAUGUCUCCAUUCCGCAGCUCGCUAAUCUCCUGAUAGAACGCUCACAGAAUACAAAUUGGACGGUAGUCUUUAAGGCCCUGAUCACUGUGCAUCACAUGAUGUGCUAUGGUAACGAGAGGUUCACGCAGUAUCUCGCGUCCAGCAACAGCACGUUUCAACUCAACAAUUUCCUCGACAAGAGCGGCGUACAAGCAGGAAUACGCGUGGGAUAUGACAUGUCGCCCUUCAUCAGGCGCUACGCCAAGUAUCUCAACGAGAAGGCUCUCUCCUACAGGACGGUAGCGUUCGACUUUUGCAAAGUGAAAAGAGGGAAGGAAGACGGCACUCUACGCACAAUGAAUGCCGAGAAACUCCUGAAAACUUUGCCGGUACUACAGUCGCAACUUGACGCACUGCUGGAAUUUGAUUGCACGGCUAACGACCUCACGAAUGGCGUCAUAAACAUGGCCUUCAUGCUCCUCUUUCGAGAUCUUAUCCGGUUAUUCGCCUGUUAUAAUGAUGGCAUCAUUAAUCUGUUAGAGAAAUAUUUCGACAUGAACAAGAAACAAUGUCGGGAUGCUUUAGAUCUUUACAAGAAGUUCCUUAUACGCAUGGACAGGGUCGGAGAAUUUUUGAAAGUUGCAGAAAAUGUUGGUAUCGAUAAAGGAGACAUACCAGAUCUGACGAAGGCACCGAGUAGUUUAUUGGAUGCCUUAGAACAACAUCUCGCUUCCUUGGAAGGAAAGAAGGGCUCCGCCGCGAACACGCCAACGCAGUCAGCAAGCAGCAAUAGAACCAAUGUAAAGUCGGGAGUGUCCGCCCUGUCUUCCACCAGUAACGCGUUCGGAACAGCAGCCAGCAAUGCGCGGCUCGAGCAAACUGGGAAUGGCCAUAUCGAUGAGGCGUUGCGACAGCAAGCUCUCGCGGAAGAGGAAGCUGCCAUGAAUCAAUACAAGGCAAAAGUACAAUCUCCAUCAGGUACUAGCACGAAUCCCUUCCUCAGUUCUCCAACCAAUAAUGCUAAUCAACCGAUUGUAGACUUGUUUGGUGCAACAGCCGAGAGCCAGUCGUCUCAAAAGGCAUCGGAUGAUCUACUGCAACUUGCGGGCAAUCCGUUCGCGAACAUGUUCGGGGCGCAACCACCUACAGGAACGACGCAACCUGUCGCUCAGAUGCAGAACAACAUGUGGAUGACCAACGGUACUGGUUUCGCGCCAACUGCGCCACCAGCAAAUAAUAACUUUGUUACAGAUAAUAGUUUUUCCUCCGUAUUCGGAAAUCAAGAUCAGCAAUCCACUGGCGCCCCAGGAACGGCCGCGUCCGUACCUAAUCCCUUCAUGUCCGAUUUCCCGUCCCUCGGUACCAUCGGCGGCCAGCAAGCGACGAACGCAGGCGCCUUCGGGCUCUUCGAUCAGAACGCCGGCGGCGUUGUUGGCGGUGAAUCGGUGCAAGUAGCGCAGACGGGGACGGUAGCAGCCGGAGACCUUUUCAGUGCCGGUCAGACGGAUCUCUUUGGGGGUGACGGGUCCGCCGCCGCGAUGAGGACCCCCGCAAACGGCGGCGACGGGGAUGCUGCGGCGGCCGAGGUGGUGGCGUCGGCGGCGCCUUCAGUCGCCGGCAAGACAUCGUCCACGGCUACGCCGCCACCUAGACCACCGCCACCCGCGACCGCCGUUGCUGCCGCGAACGGUGCCGCACCGCGUGCACUGUCUCCGACACACGGAGCGUCACAUGGUAGGCCAGCGAUGGCAACGGCGGCAGCGGUCCCGGCCUCUUCUGCUGGCAAGAGCGCCUUCGAUGAUCUCAACGACAGUAUCCGUAUGGCACUGGGUGGGUCUCCGUCGCGGCCGGCACCCAUGGUUCAGCAGCAGCAAGCUGCGAUGGCCGUCCAACAGCAGCCGUUGCAACAACAAAUGCCGCCGGCUGCGGCGGCGGGUGCCGGUAUGUUCGGCAUGAAUGAUCCCACGACCGGGCAACCCAUGAUGACCGGUGCGCCGAUCGUCGGCUAUGGUAUCCCUACCCAAGCCCAAGUCCCCGUGGGGUACGGUUCGCCGGCAAAGCAGCCGAUGUCAGCAGGGCAACCGGUCGGUACAGCCAAUACCGGCAAGGUCCUUACCGGAGAUUUGGACAGCAGCUUAGCUAGCCUUGCGCAAAACUUGACCAUCAAUAAGAGCGCACAGCAGCAAGUCAAAGGAAUGCAGUGGAACUCCCCGAAGAAUGCUGCGAAAACGGGCGGUUCAGCCGGCGGAUGGUCACCGCAGCCAAUGGCGGCUACUACUGGUGCUGGAUAUCGGCCCAUGGGCCAAGGAAUGACGCAACUGCUACCUACGAGCACCACGACUAUAGGUUUCCCCUCACAGCCAGCGAUGAUGGGUAUGCAAGGUAUGCCGAUGGGCAUGCAGGGUAUGCAGGGUAUGCAGGGUAUGAGGCCGAUGAUGUGUACUAUCCCAGGUGCUUCCGCCGCCGGUGGCGGUAUGAUGGUUGCGGGAGGAGCUGCGCCCAUGAUGGCCAUGCCCAGCGCGAAUCCUAUGAUGGCUGGUCCUAAUUUGCAGCAACAACAACCUCAACCUGCUGCAGCAGCUCAGCCACAAGGCAAUGCUGUUCAACUCGAUCCUUUUGGUGCUCUGUGAAGGGAUUAGGAUUCCAAAUGGAAUUAAGAAGAACGAAGCAACAUUUUGUAAAUACCAUGUAAUAUGCUUAGAAAGAAAAGAAACAAAGCUAAUGUAUCCCGCUUUUUUCUGUUAGGCCCAAUCAAUCUUGAAUCAUUGAUUGUCACUCGAAUCGUCUCACUAUAAAUAGGAGUCGGUAAAUUGUAUUAUACUUCCUGUAAUAUGCUCGCCGAGUAUGCAACACGUGUUAUUCCGAUAUAGCGUCUUUCCCACGAGCAUUAGCAAAAGUUAAAUGUUGUUUAAGUGAAUAUCUGUCUACUUUUUUAUGCAAAAAAAAGGGGACAAAUUGAGUCUGAAUUGCGCGUAAACAGGGCGCUUUUCUUCGCCUUGAAGUCCCGUAGCCGGGCAUAAUUAUGUAGCUUAGAUGAGAGUUGUUCAGAACGCGAAUUGCGUUUAGAAUGACACGAAUGUGCGUUGAAUUUUCCUGGUGAGGAUUAACUGUGAUAGUAUUGCGCCGUGUGCCACGCUGAACAGUUUUUCUUCGUUGACACGUCGAGUAAGCCUAUUAUCGAAGAGAUGCAUUUUCUAAGUUCGAUGAAAGAUUUCCGUAAUUACAUAGCGAUAUUUAGAUACGACUUAGUUUUUUUAUUGAGGGAGAAAGAUUGUACAUCCGAUAGAGAGAUUGGUAAGAACGCAUUAUCGAAUAUGAAAACACUUGGUUUGUCAUGGUUCUAAACGUAUUCGCGUUAGAUUAUAUACGUAGCUGACGGUUGCACAUACCAAUGUCCACGUUAAACGUUAAAGGCGCAAGACCGAAAAAAUCGAAAUAAAAAUCGCAUCGGGCAUAUC